UGACAAUAAUUUUGGUAUAUUGGGCAAAAUAAUUCUAAAAUAAACAGUACAUCGUUUUGAUACCAUGCCGUGGAAGAAGCUGCCCUCGUGUAUACUUCUCUUACUGGCGUUAGCGUACCCAGUGCAGUCGAAAUUAAGUAGCCAGAAAGAUUCAUUUCAAGAAGACCUUCUAAUCUCACCGCUCAAAGACGGCAAAUUACUUGCGCAUUUCCAAUUCACCACUCUUGUUGACGCUGGAGGCCUUGAUGAGAAAGACGGAAGAUACGCACAUUAUGGUCUAUUCCCGAAAUCAAUAGGGCAAAUCAUCGAUCAUCACCGCGUACAGGAGCUUCAUCUUACAUUUACGCAAGGAAGAUGGCAGUAUGAGGAUUGGGGAUACCCGGUAGCCCAAUCAGCAGGAACAGGUGUCGAGUUAUGGGCGUGGAUGAAAUUAGACGAUAGCAUCGAAAGUAAUUGGCGGUCUCUGACAAACACACUGUCUGGAUUGUUUUGCGCGUCCCUGAAUUUCAUUGAUGGUACGCUGACUUCACAGCCAGAAUUGUCAUUCCGUCCCGAAGGGGCCAAAAACUCUUACAAUCAUGAUGAAAGGAUGAGAGAAGGUGCAGAAGUUCGAUACGGAAUCUUACCGCAUGAAAAUGUCUGUACCGAAAAUUUGACGCCUUGGAUCAAACUGCUUCCAUGCAAGUCAAAGGCCGGUAUUGCAACCUUACUCAAUGCGCACAAAUUAUACGACACAAAUUAUCACUCUAUGGCUAUUCACAUCAGACCCGUAUGCCAGGAUGCGAAUUGCACUAGCCAGUCGUUGGAGCUGGUUCAAACGGUGACGUCCGUUCUUGAUCCUGUGCGUGAGAGUGGGCGACGAGACUGGUCAUUUUCAAGUCUAUUUGGUCGCGAGAUACAAUCAGCUUGUCCCGUUUCGGAUAGAAGUGCUGUUACUGUGUUGCUACCAUCCGAACAACAUGAAUACCAGUUAACUCCAUCUUAUGAUACCAUUAUUGAGAGAACCGCCGCCCAAGUUGAGCGGCCAAUAGCUGUCUACAACCUUUCUCAACAUACCGAACCUCUCAAUUUGCAAAUGACGUGGAAUGAGGGUGAAUUUUCCUAUCCGUUGCAAACUUCAAAGCCGAGAGUGUAUGCGCAUAAGUAUAUGACAGGCUACGGCCAUGAACGAGGAGGCGUGACAGUCAAUAUCUUCAACAACAUGAAUGAAAGUCAAGAUAUAAGCUAUUUCGACUCUGUUCCUUGGUUCCUCAAGCUGUAUCUACAUACUUUGGAAGUUUCGGUUUUGGGCAAGGAUCAUAUUGAUCAAAAUGAUAUUGUACAGGACCUAUAUUAUCAACCUGCUGUCGACAGAUCCAGGCCUCAGGUGUUGGAGAUGAAGCUACGUCUUCCACCAGAUUCUGUCACCGCUGUGUCAAUUGAGUUUGACAAGGUAUUCUUAAAAUAUACUGAGCAUCGACCUGAUGCUAACCGUGGAUUUGACGUUGGUCCGGCUGUUAUUACCACUCUUUUACCGGCUGGUGACGAUAACUUAGCUUCUACCGUUCUCGAGCUAGUGACAAACCGAGAUACGCCUACAAGACAGAACAUCAAAGUUUAUACUGAGAUCCUACUUGCUAGUCUGCCUACGCCUGACUUUAGUAUGCCUUACAAUGUCAUUACAUUGACAUGCACUGUCAUUGCUCUGUUCUUCGGAUCUAUUUUCAACUUGCUUAUUCGUGGGUUUUCGGUGACCGAAGAUGAAGUGGACGAGAAGAAGCAUGAGAAUAAGGACGAGAUCUCUAACUCGUCAUGAUAGCAUGACGAUUCCCCUCCCCCCCCCCAAAAAAAAACCAGCAUGAACACACAAAUAUAACCAUAAUACAUUGUACCGUUUUGAU